GGGGCCUCCCACACAUUGGAUUCACAUGUGUGUGUGUGUGUGUGUGUGUGUGAGAGAGAGAGAGAGAAUAGGAUGUCAGGCUGCUGUCAUGGGAGGAGGGAGGGGAGGAGGGAGAUGGUAUCGGGUGCAAGCGAUAGUUUUCUGGACAUUGGAACACUCUGUGACCGUGCACGUCUGUCAGGAACGGAUCCUACGAUCUGGAAGGUGCAACGACUAUGGGUGGGAUUCCUAAAAUGCGCGCAUCAAACGGUGCCCCACUCAUUUCCUGUUCUUUUGCAGCUUCCGAUGGCGCAAUUGGAAGAUGCGCUCACGAGAGUCCCCGAUUUGAGGCCAUUGCUGGUUGCUCAUGUGUCAUCACAGCCAAAUAUCCGCUCGACAAUUCCAAGAUCAACAAUUACCCUGCUUGGACUUGCGGGUGCAGAAGCCGCGGCGGCGGAACAACAAGCAUAGCUGCCCUCCUGACUGUGUAGGCUUGGAAGAGAAGGGGGCUAGACGGGGCAGGGUAGGGUAGGGUAGGGGUACUCAUCGUGCUAACUGGACUCAAGAACGGGUGCUCAUUUCCUCGGUGCCUAUGAGAGGGGGAUGCCUUAAGGGGCUCAUUUUGGCAUCGGGAAUGUUCUGUCGAUUUGACGGAGGCUUGAAAAUUUGGAAAUGCAUGCUGCUCUCCUCGCGGUCGCGUGCUUGCACGGGGAUAAAGAGCGAAGGAGGGCUUGGAAGGUCAGCCCCUGUAGCACCCGAUGAGCUGAACCAAAAGACUGACACACACAUACUACUGACAGGGAAACAAAUGUACAGAGACAGGUCCGGCCGCCUCCGAUUGGGUUUGGAAUCUAUGGAUGGAUGGAUUUUGUGUUUGAAAAGGGCAAAACGGUGUUUGGGUGUUCUUGCACAAUAAGAGCGGGUAGGUUAAAAACCAUGGUUAGGAUUUGGGCAAUGGCUGCGGUUAGGCCAGUCAUGAGUAGAGUUCCUUGUCAAGGCUUCAUUAUGCAGCAAGCUGAGCCUCGACACAUUGUAACAUGCAUGUGCUUUAUCGUGACCUGAUCGAUUAGGGUUUAUCGAGUUUAGGGUUUGAUCUCAGGUCGGAUCAAGUGAGUUUGGGAGGAAGAGGAGUUGGUUAUUUAAAUAAAUAAAUGAUAUGAUGGCAGGAAAAAAUGGUGGGAGAACAGAAAGGCAGAGCGGCGAACAGGAGGGGAGAGGCGAGGGUGAAGGGGGGAGAGGGAGGGAGUUGUACGGUGGCACUCACUGGUAGUAUCAUCAGAUUCAUCACCUGGCAGUGGCCGCGUCGUGGUUCCGAGGUGUGCGGCAAUCAAUCUGGUGAAGUCGGGGGAAAACAAUUCUGUGAGUAGAAGUCUGCAAGAAUGGAUGGGAACAUUCUGAAUUCGUCGAGAAGGACAAGAGGACAUCGAUCAGUGACUUUGAUUUUUGUGAGAUUGACCAAGGAUAGAAAGCUGCAAGUGAGCAGUGUUGUCAAGGUUGUAGGAAAAGUAGGAGAAAAGAAAACGAUGACGAUGAUGUUGUAGCACAACAUGCGUACGUCACUUUUUCCAUGCACUUAUUAAGGUGUCACAAGCUCUCUCCUUUACCCCUCUCCUCCACCAUUCCCGCCUGUUUUCCCACUCCCCCCUUAUAUCCUCUAGUUCAG